CGCGCGGCCCGCACGAUUUGUGCCGAGUGGCGGUGCCGAGAGGUAGUGGCGGUCGUGGCGGUGGUGGUGGGGACGCGGCCGGGAACUCUCCUCUCACCCGGCUACCGCUGCGCUUCUUCGCCGCAGCUCCUCGCGCGCGCUCUCUCUGCACGGGCACCGCCAGCUGCAGAUCCCUUGGGAGCUGCGCCCCACGAUGAGGCCAGGGACACCCAGGCCUUGACGGAGCCCACGUCUUGCCUAGCGGGUCCGCGGCGCCAGAGCCGUUUUGAGGGCCGCGGAGCCGGACCCGACCGCUCUUGUCCACGCCAUCUCACCGCUCUCCCUCCAACAACCUCUCACCCCCCUCUCAUCAACCCCCCACCAGCCCUCUUCCUACCCCUUCACCACCAACCUCGGCAGCACUCGACGCGCCUCCAAUGAGCACAAAACAGACGAAGAACGGGGCCGCUCGGGGCCUCGCACCGGCGGUGAGGACACAAGAUGCCGAGUCGAAGCGCCGCCGCAAGUUGGCCGAAGUGCGUCAGGCUCUGGCGCGCGAGCCCGUCGACGUGGCCGCCCUGCGCCGCUCGGCCAUCAGCGAGGGUGGCCUUCUCACCAACGAGCUGCGUCGCGACGUUUGGCCCAAACUGCUCUCCAUCGACGCCCACGCAUUGCCCCUCACGCCAGGCAAGGACCUACGUGAGAACAACAAGGACUACAACCAGGUCUUGCUGGACGUGCGGAGGUCUCUGCGCAGGUUCCCUGCAGGAAUGCAGGACGACCAGCGAGCCGUGCUGCAAGAGCAGCUCAUCGACGUUAUUCUGCACGUUCUGCGCCGCAAUCCGCAGCUGCACUAUUACCAGGGCUACCAUGACAUCGUGGUCACCUUCCUGCUGGUGGUGGGCGAUCACAUGGCCACCGCCAUGGUGGACAAGCUCUCCACGCACCACUUGCGAGACUUCAUGGACCCGACAAUGGACAGCACCAAGCACAUUCUCAACUACCUGAUGCCCAUUCUUGAGAGGGUGAACCCAGAGCUGCACGACUUCAUGCAAAGCGCAGAGGUGGGAACCAUAUUUGCGCUGAGUUGGCUCAUCACUUGGUACGGCCAUGUGCUCUCCGACUUCCGCCACGUCGUGCGGCUCUACGACUUCUUCCUCGCCUGCCACCCACUCAUGCCCAUCUACUUCGCCGCCGUGAUAGUGUUGCACCGAGAAGAGGAGGUGCUGGCGAGUGACUGCGACAUGCCCAGUGUACACCACCUGCUCUCACAGAUCCCACAAGACCUCCCGUACGAGACUCUGAUCUCCCGCGCCGGCGACCUCUUCGUACAGUUUCCACCAUCAGAACUGGCCAAGGAGGCAUCACUGCAGUUCCACCAGAGCACUGCCAUUUCCACGUUCAAGGACUUUGAGCUGGCCUCCACGCAGCAGCGGCCGGACAAUGUGCUGCGCCAUCGCAGGGCUGCGGCGUCACCUGCGGGGGGAGCGGAGGGGGGGGGCGUGGGCCCCGUGGCCGCCGUUGUCCAGGGCCCGAGUCGCAUGCUCAAGCUGGCCGUGUGGGGUCUCACAGCCACGCUGGGUGCCGCCGCCAUCGCCGCGAUGAACACCGCGCUGGAGUGGGCCCCGGAAUUCGUGCUGCGGCUCUUCCCGUGACCCGUGGCUUGAAGCGCAUCGUGCCAGAUCCGAUCCGUUUUAUGAUUGGACGUUUACGACGAAUGUGGUUGUAUUUGGAAAUGAGGCAGGUCACUGGCAUCAAGUCUGUCGGCGGCACCACUGGCAAUUGGAUAAUGCGCAGAGCGACUCAUGAGCUGGAGCAUUUACAAUAGGAUUCACCUGUGGGUGGCAGACUGGGAGAAUGAUGCUGAUAACGGUGCUUCAUCACCACACCGUGAACCACGACUUUCAGAAUCAGAAUUUUGAUUUAUACUGGAGGAAUGCAAUGACCUAUGAAGUGCUUUUUCACUUGGCAGCAAGAUGAAAAUUCCGAACUGAGUGUAUAAAGCCAGUCUUGGAUUAGUCACCUUUGUGUUAAGACAUUCCCCCUCUUGAUGCAGACUAUGCCUUGGAUAACGUAGUCUCAUCACUCAAAUGUAAAAGUUCAUAUUAAAGGGAAAAAUAUCUUAUUUCUUCCCGUCUUGAAUGUAUUCCAUGUUUCCUGCAAGUCUUUUGCAUUAUCUAUCCAUGGUUUGCAGGAUGCCUUUUUAUGAAGGAACUCAUCCAGCUAUAAUUUUAUGAAUGAUCCAAUGGAUCGUGCCUCUUUAAGUUGCAGUGGCUACUACGCUGCUCAUUGCCCUCAAGCCAAUUCUAUAUUAAAGUAAUUAUCUCCUGAACGAUAGAUUUUAUUCUCACGUGGUCUAUUUUUCUCACUCAAUAAAUGGCACUUGUGUAUCCCCUCGUGCUUUUACAAAUCAUUCCGUUGUAAAGCGAGUGCACUUGAUGGCGCGUCUUGAGCAUAUUCUAAAGUAGAGAAUUCUGCAUGCACGGCAUCAAGGAGCAAUUUCAAUAAAAAACCUAAUGAAAUGCUGUACUGUGCAGCAACUGCUAAACUUUUGAGGCAUUAUUUUUAAUGUAGCCACCACCUUAGACUGCCAUCUUUAGCCUUUGGAUAACAAGUUCCUGGAUGUCUGCAGACAGUUCUUAGACACAGCUUUGCUGCAGCAUGUAUACUUAUUACAUGGCCAACGGGCAUUUUUCACAAAUGUAAUGCCUUUUGUCCUUUCACACCCACUCAUCUGCACUCUGCUAUGGCAAUUCUGAAAUGGGCAGGAGGGUGGUGGCGCAUUGGUAACACUCGUGCCUCACAGCAAUGGCCCGGGAUUUGAUUCCUUACUCGGGUGCCUUGCCAUAUGGAGUUUGUUCUCCCUCUGUUCUGCAUGGGUUUCCGCCCAUAGCUAUAAUUACAUACAAUGUAACUGGAUUGCCCAAACGUAUCAAUGCUGAAAAAUACCUGAAAAUGUAUCGAUUGGAAUUGCACGUAGCAUUAUCGCCUCCUACUGUGAAAACUUGGCAGGACCCUCAUGAAAACGUCUUGAGACCCAAGCUCUCCUGGGUAAAAAAGUGAAGAAUAACUUUAAUCAGGAACAACCUGCGUUGUGUGUGCGGUGGAUAGCAUUGCAUUGGGUAUUAUCUUUAAAAGUUUGUCUUGGUGGAAUUCACCGAGUUUCAGGAGGGUUUUGCAUUGAGAUCUUUGUCCAGCAUGACUAAUGGCUUCAUUUUUUUAUAUGUCGGCUAUCAUGACCAAUGAUUCAUAAAAAUAUUUUACGUGUUCGGUCGUGCAGGUAUGAUGGCAGAGCUACACCGUCUCGGUGGCUGUCAGGUGGAGGAGGGCUCUAACAUACCGACACGACCUAACCCAAAAAACCAUGCGUGAAUCAUGACUGUAUUUGGAAGGAAGGCUGAGUUCCUACAGAAGAUCCCUGUGUUUGAGAGGUGUUGAACUUUUCAUUUGAAUCUCUGUGAUGUAAAUGUGUUGAAAUGCAUAAUUAAUUAUUUUUGUUUAUUUUUCCCAUGAUUAAAAAAAGAUGAUUUGGGUGCAAAUAUACUUCUAAAUUAUUUUAUUAAGAAUUACAUAUUUUAAAGCACCAGUCAAAACAUUGCAAAAUAUAUACCAAAAACGUCACAGACUUUAAUAACAGGAUAUCCUGUUCUGGUAACUUAAAAUCAGCGUUAAAAAGGGUGUAGAAUAUAGUGGCGAAUGUAAACUUAUUUGUAUUUUUAUUAUAUUCUUAAACAAUGUUGACUGGUCCUAAAUCCAUUUCAUAUGUUGAUGUAAAAUAAAUAUUUACUACACUAAGUUUCUCAGACUUUUAUGUUCCAGGACAAGAUUAAUAACUGCCCCAUGUCCUUUUUUUAUUUGCAAGGAACGUAAUGUUUAUUCACGUAAUUUUUUUACCUAAAUAACGAGAUUAUUUACCAGGUAGAGCCCACGAAACUAUGAGCUCUUUUUCAGAGGCGACCUGGCCACACAAUUGUAGAGGUGUAAUUGCGCAUGGCUACGGAUGUUGGGGUGUGAUUAUGCAUGGCCACGGAUGUCCAACAAACACAAGGGGCGGGGUUACGGCCGUACACAAGGGUGGCGCUCGCACCGACGUCCGCAUGUGCAUCCUCCACGGGCCCCCCCUCGGGGGCGAGUCCUAUAAAAGGUGAUGAGCUCGAGGGCUCGAGGUCGGGGGCUCAGCUUUAACCAGAGAAGAAGGAAGACCUGCUAGAAUAGGCCCCAGAGCUCCCCUGGCUCGCUGUCCUUAUAAGGGCCGACCAGGGCAAGCCGGUGGCGUGGCCCCGAGAGCCCAGACUAAGCUGGUCUGGUGACUCAGGGUGCCGGGAUCCCAGCUUAACCAGGCUGGGACAGAUAGCCUCCCCUAGCCCCGUAGUGGAGGAAUUGGCAUAGGUUAGAGGGGUUAGCUGUCGUGCAAUCCCUGUAGCCAAGUGACCUGUAAUUACUGUGUUGGUGUAAUAAACAAGUGUGCCUCCGA